AUGGCAGCCCAUCAGUACAAAAAACCUUCUGAAGAAAGAAACCGCAGAAGCACCCAAAAUGAUACUCAAACAUCUCAAGGCCAGUGGGGAAGAGCAUGGGAGGUUGACUGGUUUUCCCUGGCAAGCAUCCUUUUCCUGCUCAUGUUUGCACCACUCCUUGUAUACUACUUCAUCAUGUCCUGUGACCAGUACCAGUGCUCUCUGAUUGAUCCGCUCAUUGACUUGCUCACGGGGAACAAACAUCUGUCUGACAUCUGGAACAAGACUCCUACACUGACCUAUAGGGCUGCUGGCAUCUAUACCAUUUGGGUUGCUUUCCAGGUGAUUUUGUACCUGUUCAUUCCUGACUUCUGCCAUAAAUUUCUUCCUGGAUAUGCAGGAGGUGUACAAGAAGGUGCUGUCACCCCUGCUGGCAUAGUGAAUAAGUAUGAAAUCAAUGGACUUCAGGCUUGGAUCAUUACCCACGUGCUUUGGUUUGCAAAUGCCUAUUACUUCCACUGGUUCUCACCCACCAUCAUUUUUGACAACUGGAUUCCUCUCCUGUGGUGUGCCAAUGUCCUGGGAUAUGCAGUUUCCACAUUUGCAAUGAUUAAAAGCUACUUUUUCCCUACCAAUGCCAAAGACUGCAAAUUCACUGGCAACUUCUUUUAUGACUACAUGAUGGGUAUUGAAUUUAACCCUCGAAUAGGAAAGUGGUUUGAUUUCAAGCUGUUCUUCAACGGGCGCCCUGGUAUUGUAGCCUGGACUCUAAUUAACCUUUCUUAUGCUGCUAAACAACAGGAGCUGUAUGGUCAAGUAACCAACUCCAUGAUCCUUGUCAACAUCCUUCAG